UCUCUUUCCCUGUGCUUCGUACUUCACUCUUCAUCCAUCAGUAUCUUGGUCUGCUAUUUUACUUGAGAAGAAAAGUCUCACACUCAUGGAGGCAGUGUUCAUGCUGACGUUCAUGUCUCUUAGUUUCAAAUCUCAGCUAUGAAAUUUCACUGGACUUGAUUUUUUUACUCAAAGUUCGCCUCGGAUUCUGAAUUCAGACUCAUUCCUUGUCUUUCCAUUUUGGAGCUGUUCUCCGAGGUGUGUGAGCCAGCCGCCAUGGGCUCAGACGUACGCGACCUCAACACCCUCCUGUCUCCAGUGCCGGCCCUGCCAGCGGGGAAUGGGAACUGCCCUCUGCCUGUCAGCAGUGCCCCUCAGUGGGCACCCGUGCUGGAUUUCCAUACUGGUGCCCCCUACAGUUCACUGGGCUCACACUCCUUCAUCAAGCAAGAACCCACCUGGGGUUCCACAGACCCCCAUGAGGACCCACACUGUGGCCUCAGCGCCUUCACCGUCCACUUCUCAGGACAGUUCACAGGUACUGGGGCAUGCAGGUACGGUGCAUUCGGAGCACCCGCUCCGAACCAGACCCCUACCAGCCAAAGUCGGAUGUUCAGUAAUGGCCCGUAUCUGUCCAACUGCAUGGACAGCCAGACUGGAUCCAGGAACCAAGGUUACGGUGCAGUUUCCUUCGAUGGAGCCACGAACUACGGACACACGCCGUCGCACCACUCCUCACAGUUCCCCAACCACCCCUUCAAGCACGAAGACACCAUCCCACAGCAAAGCAACAUGGGUGAGCAGCAGUAUCCUGUUCCUCCACCUGUUUACGGCUGUCACACGCCAUCAGAGAGUUGUACAGGAAGCCAAGCUCUGCUCCUGAGAAAUCCUUACAACAGCAGUGACAAUUUAUACCAAAUGGCAUCCCAAUUGGAGUGCAUGGCUUGGAACCCUGUCAACCCGCUGGCGUCCAGCAUUAAGAGUCAUACAGCGGGUUAUGAGAAUGACCCGAGCACGCCCAUGGUGUACAGCUGUAGCACCCAGUACCGAAUACACACCCAUGGGGUCUUCAGAGGAAUUCAGGAUGUCCGAAGGGUCCCCGGCAUUGCUCCAGCCAUCGUACGCUCCGAGACGAACGAGAAGCGGCCGUUCAUGUGCGCAUAUCCAGGAUGCAACAAGCGCUACUUCAAACUCUCUCACCUACAGAUGCACAGUCGCAAACACACAGGUGAAAAGCCAUACCAGUGUGACUUCACAGACUGUGGCCGGAGAUUUUCCCGCUCAGACCAACUGAAGAGACAUCAGAGGAGACACACAGGUGUUAAACCUUUCCAGUGUGAGACAUGUCAGAGAAAGUUCUCACGGUCAGACCAUCUUAAGACCCACACCCGGACUCAUACAGGUAAAACAAGUGAGAAGCCUUUUAACUGCAGGUGGCCAAACUGCCAGAAGAAGUUUGCCCGAUCUGAUGAGUUAGUCCGGCACCACAACAUGCACCAGAGGAACCUGACCAAACUUCAGCUGGCCAUCUAAAGACCCUGCUGUCAUGAAAGCUGCAUCUGCUGUCAGAUAUAUUCCAGUCCUGCAGGUCUUGGCUCUGCAUGUGUGGCUCUAAAACAGCUCAUGAAGGCCCUGGUAUUUAGUUGAUGAAUUAAAAAAUAUGAUAAACUGCAGUGUUUGCAGCCUGCAACUUCUCUAUGACUGGAGAUUGAACUUUGCGUUGUUCUAGGAUUUACUUCAUCUGCCCGAAGUGUGAUAUUCAAAAGAACCUUGUGAACUUGUGUAUUUGACACAUGAUAAGAUUUCCAUUUAGAUGAUUCAGGUCUCAAGAACACUGUUGCUAGGUGACAGUUAAAUAUGGCAGGCGAGCAUAAUGCCAGCUAAUGACUCAAGCUAUGAUUUAGCUAGCUGGCAUGUAGCCGUUAGGUCUUUGCGAAAGGUUGAAAAUGCACAGUGAGAGCAGAACCAAGAUAAAAACGACUGGAAUGUAAACAUUUUCCUCAGAAAUGUUUGUAAUUUAUUAUAAAAAGGCUCACUAAAAUUACACUGUGAUUACACUCAGUGUUUGCAGCAAACAGAACUUCCAUGGAUUCCACCAUGCUGAGAAAUGUCAACGGGGUGGACAAAUCAUAAAUCUCAUUAUCAAAUAAAAUGUCUCAUUUUAAUUGUGCAAAAAAUGAACUGACUAUGCUAAAAAUGAUAGAUAACAUUAUGUAAUAACAAAUUAGUUAGCUAGUUAGUUGUAUUUCAUCUGUGAAGGCUAAUUUACCUGACUAGUAAAAGCUGAUGUGUGUAGUUCAGCAGGUGGUGGAAUUCAGAACAAGUAGUGAAAGCACAGAGGUACCUUGAACAGCCAUGAAGCUCAAUUUGUUUAAAUACACAUAACAAAUAUGAAGUUUUGUAUUGAAAAAAAAAAAAAAUCAGUAUUGAGAGGUUAUUUUUUUCUCUGCCUGUUGAACAAAUUAAGAAGAAAAAAAAAAAGAAUAAAAAACUAAUAGCCAG